AUGACUCUCAGUUGUCGCUUUGUCGGUGCCAUAUUAUUUGGUGUUGCCAGCGAUCGAUUUGGUCGUAAAUGGCCUCUUAUUGUGAAUAUUAUUCUCUAUGGAAUCAUCGGAAUUAGCACGGGUUUCUGUCAAUCGUAUGUACAAUUCAUUGUUUUUCGGGCUCUUUACGGUGUUAGUAUGGGUGGUAUCUACGGUAAUUGUGCCUCGACUGCACUUGAAAAUGCACCCAUUCCUGCACGUGGACUUCUAUCAGGAUUGCUGCAACAGGGCUAUGUACUUGGACUUAUUAUGGCUGUUAUCUGGAAUCUUGUGACUAUGAACAGUCAAUCUUACGGCUGGCGAAUGGCUUUUUGGUGCGGAGGUUGUUUUCCACUACUCGUUGCUCUCUGGCGAGUUUUCUUACCUGAAUCCCAAGCAUUUCUUUGUAUCCAAGAGGAACGCAAAAAAGCUGCCUUCAAAGGUAUAACUGGCUUAAAGGUGAAAUAA